UCAACCCCGUACAAUAAUAACCCAACAGCAGCAAAAAUACCUUGGAUCACUACUUUAUGAGUGGUUUAUUUUAGAUUCUCUACCUCUACAUGCGCUUGAAUCCCUUUCGUCCCGACGUUUUAUUAGCAAUCUUAACCCAGACUUCAAUAUUCCUAGUAAUAAAAGAUUCAAAAAUAAGCUUUUUGAAUCCAAAAGUUAUGUUAGUCAAAAAGUUUCUGAAAUAUCAAGAUGUGAAACAUCACAGUCUAAGAUGGGGUUCUUUGGGGUUACGGCGCAUUUUAUAACAUCUAGUUUUGAAUUAAAGGAAAUUAUCUUAGCAGCUAAACAUUUACGGUAUCCUCAUACAGGUAAUAAUAUACAAGAAGCUCUUGAGUCUAUCAUAUCUGAAUGGAA